AUGCCUUCCUCUCUUAUUCAGGAUGACCAACCACGGCCACCCGCUCUGGCGACGGCUACGAUGAACUGGGGACGGGUGACUGGACGGCAGAGAUCGAUUUUCCGCGGCACUUUUGGAAUGGCUGUUGAUGUAAUAUAG